CGUAGAGACGCGCCGACGGACUCUCCACUGGCCUUUGGAGAGUCGAAACUCCUCCGGAACUGGCGUCCUCCGCGCGCAGACCCCGGAGACGCUGGGGGCGUGGGGCGGCCGCCCGGGCAGCCUAGCCUAGCGCGCGGCACAGACGCCCCCAGAGGUGCCGGCUGCGGCGGCCCUCGCAUCGCUGUGUCUUUCGGCGUCGGGGACGGGCGCGGGCGUAGGUCUUCGCGGAGUGGGAAGGCGCGGGCGGCCACCGGGGCGCGGGCGCCGCUGCAGCAGCUCCGGCUGCCGGCCGCCAGCCCGGCGCUCUCCAGCCCGGCUUCCGCCCUCUCUCCUCCCUCACGCAUCCUUCCAAUUCUCCUUUUCCUCCUCCCCUUUUCGUUGACCCCUUCUCUUUUCUGCUGUCGCCUGGGGUGCUCCCCCAGCGGAGCGGAGAUUACAGAGUGGUCGGGAUGCCCCAACUCUCCGGGGCAGGCGGCGGCGGUGGGGGGGACCCGGAACUCUGCGCCACGGACGAGAUGAUCCCCUUCAAAGACGAGGGCGAUCCCCAGAAGGAGAAGAUUUUCGCCGAGAUCAGUCACCCUGAAGAGGAAGGUGACUUAGCCGACAUCAAGUCUUCCUUGGUUAACGAGUCCGAAAUCAUCCCGGCGAGCAACGGACACGAGGUGGCCAGACAAGCACAAACCUCUCAGGACUCCUACCACGACAAGGCCAGAGAACACCCUGAUGACGGAAAGCAUCCAGAUGGAGGACUCUACAACAAGGGACCCUCUUACUCGAGUUAUUCCGGGUACAUAAUGAUGCCAAAUAUGAAUAAUGACCCAUACAUGUCAAAUGGAUCUCUUUCUCCACCCAUCCCGAGAACAUCAAAUAAAGUGCCCGUGGUGCAGCCAUCCCACGCCGUCCAUCCUCUCACCCCCCUCAUCACUUACAGCGACGAGCACUUUUCUCCAGGAUCACACCCGUCACACCUCCCAUCGGAUGUCAGCUCCAAACAAGGCAUGUCCAGACAUCCUCCAGCUCCCGAGAUCCCUACCUUUUAUCCCCUGUCUCCGGGUGGUGUUGGACAGAUUACCCCACCUCUUGGCUGGCAAGGUCAGCCUGUAUAUCCCGUCACGGGAGGCUUCAGGCAACCCUACCCAUCCUCCCUGUCAGUCGACACUUCCAUGUCCAGGUUUUCUCAUCAUAUGAUUCCCGGUCCUCCUGGUCCCCACACAACUGGCAUCCCACAUCCAGCUAUCGUAACGCCUCAGGUCAAACAGGAACACCCGCACACUGACAGCGACCUAAUGCACGUGAAGCCUCAGCAUGAACAGAGAAAGGAGCAGGAGCCGAAAAGACCUCACAUUAAGAAGCCUCUGAAUGCUUUCAUGUUAUACAUGAAAGAAAUGAGAGCGAAUGUCGUAGCUGAGUGCACUCUAAAGGAAAGCGCAGCUAUCAACCAGAUUCUAGGCAGAAGGUGGCAUGCCCUCUCUCGCGAAGAGCAGGCUAAAUAUUAUGAAUUAGCGCGGAAGGAAAGACAGCUACAUAUGCAGCUCUAUCCAGGCUGGUCUGCAAGAGACAAUUAUGGUAAGAAAAAGAAGAGGAAGAGAGAGAAACUACAGGAAUCUACAUCAGGUACAGGUCCAAGAAUGACAGCUGCCUACAUCUGAAACAUGGUGGAAAACGAAGCUCCUUCCCAACGUGCAAAGCCAAGGCAGCGACCCCGGGACCUCUCCUGGAGAUGGAAGCUUGUUGACCACCCAGACUGUCUCCAUGGCUUGCCCAGUCGACCCCAAAGGAGAAAUGACACCAACUUCACCCUGAGGUCACUGCUAGAGACGCUGAUCCAUAAAGACAAUCACUGCCAAACCCCCUUUCAUCUACCGCGAGAGCCAAGUUCCACAAUCAAAAGCAUACAAGGUUUUUCAAAAGAAAAAAAAGCACAUGAGAAUGCUAGCGGGCCCUGGGUCAGCUGAGCAGCUUUCCUCCCCCAUCUCCGCCGUGCACUUCCCAGAGCAUCCCGCCUCCAUACCUGUAACCUCCUGGCAAGGACAGUAACUUGGGCCGCUCUUGCCUGCCCGGAGCACCGGAGCGGCCGCGGCACAGCCGUCAGCGUCCUGGGGGGAACUUGUGGAAGAGUUCCCUCUUUGUUUCUGGCUUCACGUUUGUUUCUCUUUUCCUCAAGCUUUUAUUUAACAGUGCAAAAGGAUCGAUCUUGUUUGCUUCUUUUUUUUUUUAAACUUGAAUUUUUUUAAUUUACACUUUUUAGUUUUAAUCUUCUUGUAUAUUUUGCUAGCGAUGAGCUUUUUAAGUAAAAUCGAAAGAUCUGGAAGAGUCUGAAAUAAAAACGAAAUGAAGAGAAGCCUUCUUCUUUUGAGGGCUAUCUUGUCCGCUAAGGGGCUUCUCCGUGAAUUGCCUGUCAUAAUAGUGGCCUGUCUUUGUCAGGUGUCCGAUAGAGCUAAGUAAACCUAACAGUCCACUGUGUGGGUGGCAGUUGGCAGUCCUCUUUCAUUUUAUUUUUCUUAUGAUCUCUUCUCUUUUUUUUAAAUGGUAAACCUUAACAGAUACCUUUCAGCAGACCAGUUUGCAGUGAAUUUUCAUUUCUUUCCUUCUCACCCUCUUGUAAAAAGCCCAGCACUUGAAUUUUUAUUACUUUAAAUGUUCUGUAUUUGUAUCUGUUUUUAUUAGCCAAUUAGUGGAAUUUUAAGCCAGUUGUUAAAAUGAGCAUUGAUGUACCCAUUUUUUUUUAAACAGCAAGGCACAGCCUUUGCCCAAAACUGUCAUCUAACGUUUGUCAUUCCAGUUUGAGUUAA